AUGAACCAUGACUACACCAAGGGCCAGAUGAUCGGUCUGGCCAUCGGAUUCAUGAUCAUUCCCAUCGUGUUCUAUGGGCUUCGCGUCUGGGCGAAGCUACUUGUCAAACGAUUCGCAUGGGACGAUUACCUGACCGGAGCAGCGCUCCUGGUAUCUAUCACCUGCUGUACUCUCCAACUGGCUACUGCAAUUCACGGUCACUUGGGACAGCAUCAGCCCACAUUCCCCGACGGCUCCCCCAUCAUGGACGAUCCAGGGUUGAUCUUCUUCGAAGAGACAAAGUUUGCGCUCAACAUGAUUUCUAUUCUCGGCUUGGGACUGGUCAAAUCAUCCAUCCUCGUGUUGUAUUACACCCUCUUCCCAAGCCAGAGGUUCCGCUACGUCGUCUUUGGUGUCCUUGCCUUUGUGAUUGGAUGGACUGUCAGCUUCUUCUUUUCCCAUCUCUUUACUUGCUUCCCAAUCACGGUGUUCAUCGAGCCCUACUAUGGCAACUCGUGCGUUCAGACGGUACCAAUGUUUCUCGCGCUUCUCUUUACCGACGUCAUCGCCGACUUUGUCAUCCUCGUGCUACCAGUCGCGAGGGUUCUCAAAGUACAGAUGCCCCUUAGGAAGAAGCUUGCAGUGAUCGCAAUGUUGGGACUUGGCGCUGCUGUGUGUGCUGUGAGUGUCACGAGAGUGGUAGCUACAUUCGCUAUCGCGGAAGAAUAUGUCAAGCACCCUAACGACGUCAUCUACUACACCGCCCCUGUCUUCUUCUGGACCAACAUUGAACUAUCGCUGGCUAUUGUUUGCGCCUGUCUCCCAACACUGCGGCCUAUUUGGGUGCAUUUCUUCCCUAAGCCCAUUACAACAGGAAACGAUUCCUACGAGUACGGAUCAUCACGACGCAUUGGAGGAAAGAACAGUAUUAGAACGCUGAGAACACCAUACGAAGAGCUGGAUGAAUUGGAAAUGAUUCGAAACGAUGACAAGACACGCUCAGGAUCCCCCGAAGGACGAGAUAUUCUCAGAGAGACAACGAUCCACCAGACGAUUGAGCCUGCGGACAGUUCAAGUACCGCUAACUUAAGAGCUAAUGGUGUCGGACUAUGA